GUGCGUGUUCCGCUAUUCAAUUCUUCAAGUGCCGUGUUCGCGUUCGGACGUUUCUCUCUCUGUCUCCGCUCGUAGUGUUUGCGCUUUUGUCACCGCCGCUUCUCCUCACAAGACAGGCCGUUUCCCGCGUGUGUCCACACUGCCUGCCGUGCAAGCUCCCACCCCGCAGCUCUACCGAACGACUAGUAGAAAACCCUUCUCCGGAAUCGGAUUAAACAGAACAAAAACAGACACCCCCAGUGUGUUUGUGUGCAGUGCAAUACAACAACACAACAACAACAGAACCACCAUGUCGACGCAUCGUGCACCGAAAUCCGGAUUCGCCGCCGAAGCUCAGCGAAAGAUCAACUCCAAGUACAGCGAGGAGCUGGCCGCCGAAUGUCUGGAAUGGAUCAAGGAGGUGACCGGCGAACCGAUCAACACGUCCGGCGACAUGGACAACUUCUUCGAGGUGCUGAAGGACGGUACCGUGCUGUGCACGCUCGCGAACGCCAUCGAGGCGGGCACGGUGAAGAAGGUCAACACGAGCAAGAUGGCGUUCAAGUGCAUGGAGAACAUCUCCGCGUUCCUGGAGGCGGCGAAGAAGUUCGGCGUGCCGCCGCAGGAAACCUUCCAGAGCGUGGACCUGUGGGAGCGGCAGAAUCUCAACUCGGUCGUCAUCUGCGUCCAGUCGCUCGGGCGCAAGGCGGGCAAGUACGGCAAGCCCUCGAUCGGCCCGAAGGAGGCGGACAAGAACGAGCGCCAGUUCAGCGACGAGCAGCUGCGGGCCGGCCAGACCGUCAUCUCGCUGCAGUACGGCUCGAACAAGGGCGCCACCCAGAGCGGCAUCAACUUUGGCAACACCAGACACAUGUAAGGUGCUAGCGUGUGUGUGUGCAUGUGUGUCGUAACAACUCGCCAGAACUCCCGGGGGGGUGUGUAGUAGUACGUUAAUUCGACCCGAAAAAGAAAAACCCCUCUUCUUUUGGUGCGCAUACCGACCGACCUAAUCAAACGCGGGGGUGAGCGGGAAAAGGUCCAAAACACAGGAGGCCAACGAAUUCAAUCCACAUUCCAGAAAGCUGAAAGUGCAUUUUGUUACAAACGUAGGAACAAACGCAAAAGUGGGAUACAAGUUAUAGCAAUUACGUACCUCUUUUUUUAACAAAAGAAAAGUAAACGAAACGAUAGCGCCUUAGCAAAUGGAGAGACACUCUUUUUCCUCCGCCUUAGUGUGUGGCUCGUGCAGUAGUAGGACGGGGGAUGAUGGCACGGUGCCCGUAGCAUUAUUUACUAAACCGUGCUCUUCCGUGAGUCUAAUAUUAUACACACGUUUACCUCUAC